CGGCAGGUGGCACCGCGGCGCGGCGGGGCGCUGAUAUAGGGUGCAGCUAGUGGAACGUGGAUUGCUGUGUGGGGCCGAGUUUAGGAGGCAGGAGGCGAGAUGAGCCGGAUGCCAGCGUUCCUGAGUGCGGCCGUGGUGCAGGACCACCUCCGCAGCUCCAGCCUUCUCAUCCCGCCUCUGGAGACCGCCCUGGCCAACUUCUCCAGCGGCCCGGACGGAGGGGUCACGCAGCCCGUGCGCACCGUGGUGCCGGUGGCCAAACACAGGGGCUUCCUGGGGGUCAUGCCGGCCUACAGUGCAGCUGAGGAUGCGCUGACCACCAAGUUGGUCACCUUCUACGAGGGCCUCAGCAUCCCCUCACACCAGGCUACUGUGCUACUCUUUGAGCCGAGCAAUGGCACCCUGAUGGCGGUCAUGGAUGGAAAUGUCAUAACUGCAAAGAGAACGGCUGCAGUAUCUGCCAUUGCCACCAAGUUCUUGAAACCCCCAAGCAGUGAAGUGUUGUGCAUCCUUGGGGCUGGGGUCCAGGCCUACAGCCAUUAUGAGGUCUUCGCAGAGCAGUUCUCCUUUAAGGAGGUGAGGAUAUGGAACCGCACCAGAGAAAAUGCAGAGAAGUUUGCAAACACAGUGCAAGGGGAGGUACAGGUCUGUUCAUCAGUCCAGGAGGCUGUGGCAGGUGCAGAUGUGAUCAUCACAGUCACCAUGGCAACAGAACCCAUUUUAUUUGGUGAAUGGGUGAAGCCAGGGGCUCACAUCAAUGCUAUUGGAGCCAGCAGACCCGACUGGAGGGAGCUGGAUGAUGUGCUUAUGAAGCAAGCUGUGCUGUAUGUGGAUUCCCGGGAGGCUGCCCUGAAGGAGUCUGGAGAUGUCCUGCUGUCAGGGGCAGAGAUCUUUGCUGAGCUGGGAGAAGUGUUGAAGGGAGUGAAGCCAGCCUACUGUGAAAAGACCACUGUGUUCAAGUCUUUGGGAAUGGCAAUUGAAGACACAGUUGCUGCCAAACUAGUGUAUGAUGCCUGGUCAUCUGGCAAAUAGAACAGAAGAACUUUGUGUUGAGAUGGAUACUACAGCUCAAUGGAUAUUGUCACCUAAUUUCUAGAUCAAACGAAGGAAUCCAGUCCCUAGUGAACUAUAGUUUUGUGCUUGUCAUGUUUUACCUUCAACACUGAGAUCCUCAUUUAUGCUUGUAGUCACAAAGCAAAACUAGGUAACCAUUUCUUCUGUCAUGCCAAUUGCAUUUCUUUCCCUUCUAUGGCAGUACCUUUGGUAUUUCCCUGAAAUAAAGCAUUUUCCA